AUGGCCGAUGUUUGUAGAUUAUCAACAUUAUCAUUUAACUGUUCUUCAGCUUCAUUGCUUAGUUCCUUUGCAUCCACCUUGAACUCUCCACAACUUGGUUUUCCAUCCAAUAUUAGUUUAGAUAGGAAAAUAUGUUCUUUACCCUCUUCCGCUGUUGGUGUUUUGCGCCUUCCUUCGACUUCCAGGAAGCAGUUGCUGUCUUUUAAGGUUCAUGCGGCUAUUACAGAAACAAACCAGCCGAAAUGGUGGGAAAAGAAUGCAGGACCAAAUAUGAUUGACAUUCACUCUACUCGAGAGUUUUUGGGUGCGUUAAGUGAAGCUAAAGAUAGACUAGUGAUUGUUGAAUUUUAUGGAACUUGGUGUGCUUCUUGCAGAGCUCUAUUUCCCAAGCUCUGCAGGACAGCCCGAGAAAACCCUGAGAUUAUCCCCUCCAAUCCCGUAGUCAAUCCUUUGUCCGGUGGUGGUCUUUUUGUUCAGAGAAUGGUAAGAGAAGUAUACAAGCCGGAAGGACAACCGUACAGGUUUCAGAAAAUAAAGGAUGCCAUCAAAACACAUAGACAACCGCAUUCCAACAUUGGCCCGUCGAAGGAAGUCGAAGACCUGAAUCUUGAAUCUGUAUCUGCUCCGAUCAAUAAGCCAGCCGUGUCAACUUAA